AUGUGACAAUUUAGCUAACACAAUGUAACCAUCUCAACUGUCCAAUACAACUGACUGUAAAACCGCAGACUAACUUGGUAUUCAUUACUCGUUUCAACUGCUCACCACAAAUGAAACGGAUAUCAAAUGGUAGAAAACAGAUUGUCAACAAAACGGGACCGCUGAGAGGACAGGGCCAGAGAACAGUCAUAGUCAUAUGAGGCUAAUGCAGGAAGUAACUGCAGCCCUAAGGAAUCACAGAAUACUGUUCCACAUCUUCUCUCCUUCUCCGGGAGCAUGCCAUCUGAACCUUGUGUCAGUGGGCAGGAGCUGGUAACAGACCAGAGGCUAUGCCAGUCCAAGUCUCACCAGGACUCCGUCCUCUCCGCCCUCAAUCAGCAGAGGAAGGAUGGCCUACUCUGUGAUGUCACCUUGGUCGCCGGCGAUCAGAAGUUCCACGCCCAUAAAGCGGUGCUGGCGGCGUGCAGCGAUUACUUCCGGGCCAUGUUCAGUCUGUGCAUGGUGGAGAGUGAGGCAGAUGAGGUGACUCUUCAGGGAGUGACAAGUGUGGGACUGAAACAUGCACUAGACUUCGCCUACACAGGACAGAUAAUACUGGAGCCAGGGGUGAUUCAGGAUGUUCUGUCGGCAGGAAGUCACCUUCAGCUGCUGGAGCUGCUCAGUCUCUGCUCACACUACCUCGUCCAGGAGCUGAACAGUGUUAACUACCUGGACCUGUACCGUGUGUCUGAUCUGUUCCACCUCCCUGCUCUGGAGGAGGCUGUUGUCAGCUUCCUGGUAGAACACCUGUGUGAGCUGCAGCAGAGCCGCCAGGAGGAGGUGCUGCUGCUCCCCUACCGCCUCCUCAGGGAGGUGCUGAUGAGCGACCGCCUCACCUCCCUCAACGAGGAGGAGAUCUGGCAGCUGGUGGUGUGCUGGUUAGAGCAUGACUGUCGGUACCAGUACACAGAGGACCUGAUACAGCACGUUCGUUAUGGCCUUAUGGACGUGGCCGCCCUGCACCACGUGGCACAGUGCCACCCGCUGGUCCAGUCCAGUGCCAACGCCGCCGCCCUAGUGGACGAGGCUCUAGAGUACCACCGUGCCACCUUCGCCCAACCCCUCCGCCAGACCGCCCACACCAAGCCCCGCUUCCAGUCUCUCACCCUCUACAUCGCCGGCGGGCGCAAGCGCGAGGUUAGCCGCGUGCGGGAGCUGCGCUACUUCAACCCAGCCGCCCAGGAGAACGUGCGCGUGGCCGGAUGCUCCAAUUGGAGCGAGCUGGCGCCAAUGCCCGCUGGGCGCAGCCACCACUGCGUGGCCGUCAUGGGCCACUUCCUGUUUGUGGCGGGUGGUGAGGUGGAGCAUUCCACGGGGAGGACGUGUGCGGUGAGGACAGCCUGUCGGUACGACCCCCGGGGGAACCGCUGGACGGAGAUAGCCUCCAUGAAGGCGUGCAGGGAACACUUUGUCCUGGGGGCUCUGGGCCAGUACCUGUACGCGGUGGGGGGGAGGAACGAGCUGAGACAGGUGCUGCCCACCGUGGAACGCUACUGUCCGAAGAGGAACAAGUGGACUUUCGUCCAGUCCUUUGACCGCUCGCUGUCCUGCCACGCAGGCAGUGUGGCUGACGACCUGCUCUGGGUCUCAGGUGGAGUCACAAACACAGCUCAGUACCAGAAUAGACUGAUGGUGUACGACCCAGAACAGAACCAGUGGCUGGCCCGCAGUCCCAUGCUACAGAGGCGAGUGUACCAUGUCAUGGCCGUGGUGAGAAGGCAGCUGUAUGUGCUGGGAGGAAAUGACCUGGACUACAACAACGACCGCAUCCUGGUCCGCCACAUCGACUCCUAUGACAUAGACAUGGACCAGUGGACCCGCUGCACCUUCAGCCUACUCACGGGUCAGAACGAAUCUGGCGUGGCAGUCCAUGAUGACCGUAUCUAUGUUGUCGGUGGAUAUUCUAUUUGGACCAAUGAGCCCCUAGCGUGUAUUCAGGUGUUGGAUGUGAGCACGGAGGGGAAGGAGGAAGUGUUCUAUGGACCAACUCUACCGUUCGCCUCCAAUGGAAUAGCAACGUGUUUCCUCCCUGCUCCAUACUUCACCUGCCCCAACCUACACACUCUACAAGUGCCCCAUCACAGGAUAGGUGCUGUCUAACACACUAAUAGAGACUACAGCAAAAUGUCUACGUAGAUACAUCAUGCAAACAACUCAUAUGGACAUACAUACAAUUAUGUAACACAAAAUAAUACAACCAAAGGUCUGCUCCUUUACAACAGCCCCACUCUUCCUCUAAAAUGCAUACACACACACAAACACACACACACACACACACACACACUAUUGCCGCCCAGAUAAGAUUACCCACGUCUUCCCCAGUUUCAGGAUCCCAACCUAACCACUUCAAGUGCAGCCGUCACUGCCCAUCCUGAGGACUUGACAACACCCAUGAACUGAAAAAAACAUGGCCCUGAUUGAAAAAAGGAGGGUCCUCAAGAGGACUUUGAGGAGGUUCCCUAUUCCUAUCCAACUACCAUGUGAUGAUGGACUGAUCAGCAGGGUUUGGGUCAAUUCCAUUUCAAUUCAGUCAAUUCAGGAAGUAAACAGAAAUUCUGAUGACAAUUUUGGUCAUUGAAAAGCAUUGAGCAUAAUAGAUAUUGAUUGGAGUAAUAUAUCCUGAAUUGACCCCAAUCCUGCUCAGAUGACUGGUUGAAUAAAGGGGCUGUUCUAGUUAAACGGAUGCAGAACCGUAGAUCGCAAUGCUGGAGCACUCAAGGGGAGCAGAGCUCUUUACGGAGUGAAAUGGCUCCCUCCUUUACUAAUGCACUAUAGGGCUAUUGGCAAUCUAACUAGCUGUACUUACUACUUACCAUAACCCAUCUACCCAAUACGAAGCCAAUGGACUCACCCAAGGUCAUUUCAAUUGAAACCUGUCAUGUGUAAACUGUGGUCCCGUCUUACUCUUUCUUGAGCGUAUGUUUUUCUAUUCAAGCUCAGGAUUUAAGACUGUUUAACAGUUCAGUGAAUGUCUGACCACGUGUCAUACAGUGCAUAUACUCAACAUACUGUGUGUAGGAGAACCUAAGCUAUGUGUUGCCACUGUCUUAUGCCAUUUUCAAAAUGUCCUGUUUUACUUCGACAAAGAAAUAACGCCGUAACGCCUCCAGCAGUGAGAGAAAGAGGACUUUAAAAACACAAUAAAGAGGUACUGUAUCAAUAAAGCUCGUGAUAAGUUGAAUCGA